GACAGCGGCGAAAAAAAGAGGGAGGGGAAGGGCUUGAGCUGGAGUGAUGAUGACGCAGUUGUACUGCGACGAAAGUAUUGGCUAACCAUGACGAUUUUCUCGCGCGUCUGGCGGGAAAGAUUGCACUGAUAGGAAAGUGCGUAUUAUGGAACUGUGCAGUGAGGAGAAUCCUUGAGAAGGUUUGGAUUAGAUGAAUAAAUUUGAUAGGAAUAUGGAUUCUCCACCAAAUAAAGUUCCUCAGUGGAUGACUCAACAGACCAAAGUGGAUUCUGUGGUUGACAAAAAGAAGAAUCCAGUUCAUCGGAGCGUUCUGGAAGACAGCCUUCCCUUCUUAGAAUUCCAUGGCUCCAUUGUUUACAGCUAUAAUGCCAGCGAUUGUUCCUUACUCUCUGAAGAUAUUGUGCUUUCCACUGGUGUUCUCAAGUACAACAUUGCCUGAUGGAGCUGUAUUAGGAUUUGAUGUUGAAUGGCCACCAUGCUACACAAAAGGGAAGGAAGGCAAAGUUGCCUUAAUCCAGCUGUGUGACUCUGAAAAAAAGUGUUAUUUGUUUCACAUCUCUUCUAUGUCAAGCAUUCCUUUGGGACUCAAAAAAUUGCUCAAAGAUAACCGUAUUAAAAAAACUGGGGUUGGUAUUGAAGGGGAUAAAUGGAAGCUGAUGCGUGAUUUUGAAAUCAGAUUAGAGAACCUUGUGGACCUGGCUGACCUUGCUAAUGAAAAGCUAAAAUGUAAAGAGAUAUGGAGUCUAAACAACCUGGUAAAACACCUAUUCCACAAACAACUUCUGAAAGACAAAUUGGUCCGUUGUGGUGACUGGGAACAAUUUCCACUUACUGAGAAACAGAAGCUGUAUGCUGCUACUGAUGCAUAUGCUAGCUUGCUUAUUUACCAAAAACUGAUGAGCAUAAGUAGUGAUCAGCAGAUGCAGAUUAGUGUGGAAAAAGAUGGGAUCCUAUUGCCAAGUGAAAUAAAGAAGGAAUUGGCUUCUUUAUCAGAGGAGAUGGUGGAUUUAGCAGAUCAUCUUCCUGACACUUUUGGAAAAUCUACAAAUGUUCAAAGGGCUGCAGAAAUACUAGCUGGUAUGUCAGAAAACCUCAAGGCUUUAAGAAGAGUGUUGCUUGUUGAGUCUAACUGCCAAAUAGAGCUGGGAGAUAUUACAGAUUCAGAAAUGAUCUGUGCUAAAGAAGAAGAAAAGGCUGAAACAUCAGACUUGGCUUCCAAGAUUGUGUGUGAGUCAGAGAACCGUGUGGAUUACAGACUAGUUGACGUCCAAAAUGAAGCUCUGAUGGAAAGUGAAGCAGAGAUUAAUAAGAAAAAACAGGUGGACGAUGCUUCAGACAGAGGACCUAAAGAUGUGGAGGGAGAGUGCUUAAUGUCACUAGAUAUAACUGAAUAUGAACUUCAAAUGUUGGAAUGUCAGGCUGAGGAAGAGCUGCUAAAUGAAACAGCUUGUAUGUCAGAGGAUUUAAGCCUCAUAGAGGAUGAAGGGGAUUCUUUCUGCACCAUUGAGAAUGAUGAUGAACUUGAAAUGGAGAUGCUUAAAGCUUUAGAAGAUCUUACUGACUCGAGCUUAGAUAAAUCAAGGAGGGAAAACGAGCUGACAGAAGAGGACAAUGAUGAAGAAGGCAUUGAGGAGGAAGAGGAAAGUUGGGAUUCCUGCUUGCCUAGACCCAACACUAGACAGAUCACUUCCCUAAAGACGUAUUUUGGACAUACCAGUUUUAAACCGGUCCAGUGGAAAGUGAUAUCUUCCAUUUUGCAAGACAGAAGAGACAAUCUUGUUGUUAUGGCAACUGGAUAUGGGAAGAGUUUGUGCUUUCAGUUUCCACCUGUGUACACUGGAGGUACUGGAAUAGUAAUCUCUCCCCUUAUUUCUUUGAUGGAGGACCAAGUCCUUCAACUUGAGAUGUCAGGAAUCCGAGCUUGCUUACUUGGGUCAGCACAGUCAAAAAAUCUCAGAGAGGAAAUCAAAGCGGGCCACUAUAGAGUUGUCUAUAUUACUCCAGAGUUUUGUUCGGGGAACUUGACUUGGCUUGAGGAACUUGACCAAACAAUUGGUAUCACAUUGAUAGCUGUUGAUGAAGCUCACUGUAUUUCAGAAUGGGGGCAUGACUUCAGGAAUUCUUUCAGGUCUUUGGGGUUGUUGAAGAAAACUCUUCCUAAGGUUCCUAUUGUUGCAUUAACUGCAACAGCAAGCCCUUCCAUCAGAGAGGACAUAAAAGGCUGCCUAAACCUUAGGACUCCUCAGGUCACGUGUACUAGUUUUGACCGACCUAACUUAUACUUAGAAGUAGGACGGAAAACUGGAAAUAUUAUCCGGGACUUACAGCAGUUCCUCGUUAAAAAAAACGAAACUAGUUAUGAAUUUGAAGGUCCCACUAUAGUUUACUGCCCAUCAAGGAAGACAACCGAACAGGUAGCAGUACAGUUGAGAAAAUUAAAUAUCAUUUGCGAUACAUACCAUGCUGGCAUGGGAAUCAGAGCCAGGAGAGAUGUCCACCAUAGAUUCAUGAGAGAUGAAAUUCAGUGUAUAGUAGCUACGGUAGCCUUUGGAAUGGGCAUCAAUAAAGCAGACAUCCGGACAGUUAUUCAUUAUGGAGCUCCAAAGGAAAUGGAAUCAUACUAUCAGGAAAUUGGAAGGGCUGGUCGUGAUGGACUUCCUGCUUCUUGCUAUGUAUUGUGGACCCCAGCUGACAUGAGUUUCAACAGACACCUACUCAGUGAGAUAUGUAAUGAUAGAUUUCGCCUGUACAAACUGAAGAUGAUGGCAAAGAUUGAGAAAUAUCUCAAUCUGAACAGCUGCAGGAGAAAAAUCAUCUUGUCUCAUUUCGAAGACAAACAACUCCGAAAGGCCUCAUCAGGGAUCAUGGGAACAGAAAAAUGUUGCGAUAAUUGCAGAUCCAGGAACAUUCACUGUACUCCUGUGGUUGAGUCAGAAAACAGUUUGCAGGAUUUUGGUCAGCAAGCAUACCAACUGAUGUCUGCAGUGUGUGCCUUAAAUGAGAGGUUUGGCAUAGUUGUUCCGGUGCUGUUUCUCAGAGGAUCUAAUUCUCAGCGCCUCCCAGAAAAAUACCGAAGUCAUGUUCUCUUUGGCAGUGGGAAGGACUGGCCAGAGAACUCAUGGAAGGCAUUAGGUCGACGGCUUAUCUUGGAGGGCUUUCUUAAAGAAGUUGCUGGACAAAGCAAAUUUUCAACCACGUGCAUGCUUACACGGACGGGUAAAGACUGGCUUUGUAAAGCAAGACAAGAGUCGGGACAGAAGCUUCUUCUUCAACCUGAUGAGGAACUGCAUUUAAGGAAAUCUGUUGUAAGUUAUAAAGCAUCAUCUUCAAACAUGGGACAUUUCUCCAAUACGGUGUUACCUCAGCUGACAACAGAAAAACAGAAGAAGACAUCUUUGUAUGAAAUGUUUUCCUAUCGACAAGCAAAUGAAGUCUUUAGAGGGAGUACACUCUCAAAAAAAAGUACCACAGUGGAGUUGCCUCUGCUUCCUGUACCCCUGAGCCCUCCAGAAUCUGCAAUAUCUCCAAGAGAGAAGGAAUUGCAGAGAAUGCUAUAUGGCAAGUUAGUGGUGGCCAGGCAGGAUCUUGCCAAUGAGAAGGAUAUCCCUCCAGCUGUUCUAGCAACAAAUAAAGUGCUGGUUGAUAUGACUAUUAUAAGGCCUACAACUCUGGAAAAUAUUAAGAGAGUUGAUGGUGUUUCUGAAGCGAAAUCUACUGUGUUGGCUCCUCUCCUGAUUACAAUCAAGGAGUUCUGCCAAGCAAAUAAUUUACAGAUGGGUGUCUUCAAGAUUUCUGGAUCCAGAGAUCAGCCAGAAAUAGUCCUUCAGAAGGAUGGUGGAUGCAGCACUCUAACAGAAUCAGAGCAUACAACAUAUAUGUUAUUUCAAGAAAAGAAUAUGUCCUUGAGGAGUAUAAGUGAGAGACGGUCUUUACCUCUUACAGUGGUUGGCACACAUUUAUCCCAAGCCUUGAAAGCUGGCUACCCACUCAGUUUACAACGUGCUGGUCUGACUCCUGAGAUACAAGAGAUUAUCACUAAGGUCAUCCAAAAUCCCCCCAUCAACUCAGAUGUAACUGAAAUGAAAGCAAUUAGAACAUUAGUCCCUGCAGAUAUUGAGUUGUAUCUUAUAAAAAUGACAGUUGUUCUGCUGGAGAAAGAGUAUAAAAGUUGGCAGCUGAGCCAGCAGCAUGAUUCAGAGAAGCAAGGACCACCUCAAGAGCCUGGGUGCCUACAGUCAUCUACAGUAUCCUCCAAGAAGAAUGGGGAGAAGAUUCUGUGGAUUGAAACGAAGGAAGCUUCAGUAAAGGCAGCUAUACACAAGCCUGAUUCUAUGUCCAGUGAAAAUAUAAAGCAAGAUACCUCAUGUACAGAUACUUCAUCUUGGGCGAAAAGCAACAAUGAAGAGCAAUUCCUUGGUAUUAAACAGGAUGUCCAGAGCCAUCAGAGUUCCAUCAACCUGGCCUCAUGGAAUCAGUCUUCGCUCAGUGCUGAGGAGGAAGAUCUUUUUACUGAUUCCCAGUCACAGACAUUGUGUCAGCCUUCCAAGAGGAAGCUACCAGAGUGGUUUGGGACUUCAAAAGGAACUGUUACUCAUGUUAAUACUACCAAGAAAUCCAAGAAUGGAGGAAACAAAGGUCUCUUUGGUUGAACUUGGAGAUACCAUAAAAUGCACUUACAUAGCAGUGUUGAAGCUUUAUAGUUCAUUUACUCUCUUCAUUCAGUCUGACUCAAGUGAGGCAUACACAAACAUUUCUUUUUCAAAAUAGAGAACUCCGAGAAGAAAGCCCCUGGUCAUUUGUUUCCACGCAAAACUAUGACUAGAUAUGGGCUUAAAAGUAGCUCCAAUUCUUGAAUUGGUUCAUAUACAGGACUUACCAAAUUCCAAACCUCGAGCCUAAGCAAAAAAGCAAGAGAAGAAAACAGAGCAGUGUAGAUCAUAUAGUGUUGCAAAGGUUAUGCCUCCAAAUGUGUUCAUUGAAAUUAGUAUGUUGAAUAGUUUCGACAAACUGGGGAAAAGGCUGUCUGUAUAUACUUUGAAGAGCAGCUGGGAGCAGUGAAUGUACCAUGUCAGUCUUCUCCAACUUCCCUGUUGAUUUCAGUAGGAUUAUAGUUGCAUGGAACGGGCAAUCCCAUGUUCUUUAUUUGUAUGACUAUUUUUUAAAGAAGGCAUUCAUAUGGAAAAAAUAUAACCUGACAGCAGGGUAUUGUGCAUAACUAAGUUGUUAAAUUUCUUUAUCACAAUGGUGAUUACUGCUAGAAUUGUUAACAUAAAUUAUUUUCUUUAAUUUCAACUAAUUUUGGCACUUUCUUA